AUGACCCCUGAUGAUGCAUCGCUGCGUCUCCUUGUUGUUGGAUAUGUCACGGGAGAAGGAGGCGAUUCUGAGCAUUUGCCAGAGUGCAUUUUGCGCAGAAUCGAUUCUAUAGUUUCAUCCUUAAUUCUGGCUCGCAAAGCAUAUCUACAAUUUGUAAAAUCAACGGCUUUACAGAGCAAAGAACUUCUUCAGCCGUGCUCACCCCUAGAGAAUCCUUGUCCAAGGGACUCUAGUACAGUUCGCCAAAGUACACCUAUUGCAGUGCCAAUCUUAGGUGGCACUCCUGAGACCACUGAGCUGGUGAGACUUCUAGAUAGAACUCACCCUACAGUCGACUGCUCUGCCCAGCUCACAGAGCCUAGUCGCCCUCCUCAAACGCCCGAGCAUCGACGACUGUCUCUAAUGGAGAGGCUGCAGCCCUGCAACCUUGCGCUGCCUAGCACACCUGCUUCUAACCCCCUUACGGAUUUUGAGUCAUACACCAUCUUUCAGCUCCGUCAGAGCCUAAAGCAGCUGGGAAAGAAGUACUUUACACGAGAGCAGGCCAUACAGACUUUGCGUAGAGAGCAUGAUACUCAUGGGUGGCUUCCAAAUAUCCAUUUGACUCAGUUCCAGCUGAUGUCCCCGGCACGCCGUCAAACGCUGGAGGAGACAAUUACCGAUUGGAUCAAGGCGUCUCCCUGGUACCUGUUGAUUCUGACCUUUGUCCCAGUGAACAAGUACAAAAUGCUCGAGCAUAUGAAGAAGUGUAAGAUCAACGUUUCCCUAGAAACACUCAGUAACUAUUUACUUAACAAUAAUGUGUUGAUGGCAGAGAGGGAGGAGACUAAUACAACUAGCCUAGACGCUGACAAGUUGAAAAUUAGAUAUCCCAAAGAGAACGGGGAGAAGCAGCUAACUUUAAGCGAAAUAAUUACCCCCAGAGGUCGAAAAGCAAAACGUAAAAUUAGGCGAUAG